AUCAAUAAACGUUCGAGCUCUAAGCUCUAACAUUCUCCAUAUGCCUCGUUCAUGGAGAAAAGUCUACACAUAUAUUGAAUUUCUUGUCAACAAAUACCGUUACACAACCAUUAAAGCUCCCUUUUAUGGUAGAUGUAUUUUAAUGAAGUGGAGAAACGAGAAAGUGAUGAGUCUCGAUGAUUAUAAAGUAAUGGUGACAGGUGUGAAAUGGAUAGUACAAUAUCAUUAUUGUCUGUGUCACUAUAAUGCCAUUGACGCCAGACAACUUCAACUUCUUUAUAGUCUUCUUCUCUUUCUACCACAAUCUGUAGGGAGAGAGAGGGUUGAUUUUUGGUAUGGGGAGUUACAGGGUGUGCAUGUGCUUCACGCGGAAGUUCAGGGUGACGGAGGCGGAGCCGCCGGCCGACGCCAAGGCGGCGUUCCUCAAGUACGCCGACGGCGGGGCCCAGAUGUCGGUUGACCAGCUGCGGAGGUUCAUGGUGGAGGUCCAGGGCGAGGCGGAGGACGACGCCGCCACCGCCGCCGCCGCGGAGAACAUCGUGCAGCAGAUCCUCCAGAAGCGCCACCACAUUGCCAAGUUCACGCGCCACGCGCUCACCCUCGAGGAUUUCCACCACUACCUCUUCUCCGCCGACCUCAAUCCCCCGAUGAACAACAAGGUCCACCAAGACAUGACAGCCCCACUGUCUCAUUUUUUCAUAUUCACGGGGCAUAACUCUUACCUUACUGGAAACCAGCUCACGAGUGACUGCAGCGACGUGCCAAUUAUAAAGGCACUGCAGAAGGGAGUGAGGGUAAUAGAGCUUGAUAUAUGGCCAAAUUCUUCAAAGGAUGAUGUGCAUGUUCUUCAUGGAAGAACUGUGACAGCACCUGUGGAUCUCUUGAAGUGUCUAAAGUCGAUUAAGGAGCACGCUUUCUCUGCUUCUCCAUACCCUGUCAUAAUAACAUUGGAAGAUCACCUUACGCAUGAACGUGACCUGCAAGCUAAAGUAGCUCAAAUGCUCUCUCAAGUAUUUGGCACGAUGCUUUUCUACCCAGAGACAGAUUGCUUAAAAGAAUUUCCAUCACCCGAAGAGUUGAAACAUCGCGUGAUUAUUUCCACAAAGCCUCCCAAGGAGUAUCUUGAAGCUCAGAACACUAAGGGCAGUGAUUCUCUUAGGAGAAAAGAUUCUGAGGACGAUGUAUGGGGAACAGAGCCUUCCUGCCUCACGGCCGGCCAAGAAGAUGAAGUUAAGAUAGAUAAUGAAAUGACGGACCUGAAUCCUAACAAUGAGGAUGAUGAUGAGUGCGAUCCUGGAAGUCGUGAAGCACCGGAAUAUAAACGCCUUAUAGCUAUCCAUGCUGGGAAACCGAGAGGAGGGAUGAAGGAAUCACUAAAAGUAGAGGGUGACAAAGUGAGGCGCUUAAGUGUUAGUGAGCAAGCUCUUGAAAAGGCCGCUGAAUCUCUUGGAACAGACAUUGUCAGGUUCACACAGAAGAAUAUUCUGCGAGUCUAUCCUAAGGGAACUAGAUUUAACUCGUCGAAUUACAAGCCACAAGUUGGUUGGUUGCAUGGAGCUCAAAUGAUUGCAUUCAAUAUGCAGGGAUAUGGAAGAUCACUUUGGUUGAUGCAAGGAAUGUUCAGGGCCAAUGGAGGCUGUGGGUUUGUGAAAAAGCCUGAUAUUUUGAUGAAUGCUAACGUGAUUUUUGAUCCUAAAGCGAAGGCCCCCGUCAAGAAAACCUUAAAGGUGAAAGUGUACAUGGGGGAUGGCUGGCAUAUGGAUUUCAAACAAACUCACUUCGAUUCGUAUUCGCCACCCGACUUUUACGUGAGGGUUGGCAUAGCUGGUGCACCGGCUGAUGAGACGAUGAAGAAGACGAAGACGAUAGAGGACAAUUGGAGUCCUGUUUGGGAAGAGGAAUUCACAUUCCCACUCACUGUUCCUGAGCUAGCCCUGCUAAGAAUAGAAGUGCAUGAGCAUGAUAUGUCCGAGAAGGAUGACUUUGCCGGCCAAACAUGUCUUCCGGUUGCAGAGCUGAGGCCCGGCAUAAGAUCUGUGCCUCUCUGUGACCGGAGAGGCGAGCGUGAGAAGCUGAAAUCCGUUCGCCUUCUGAUGCGUUUCGACAUCCAUGAUCAUCAUGAUGCAGACCACCUUAGGAGUCAUGCUUCUUGUGAAAAGGUUUUGUAGUUGUUCAUUUGUUCUAGCAAGCUUCCUUAUCCCGUUAUAAGAAAAAAGACGCACCACCCGUCGUUGACGGCCCCGCGGUGCACCCGUUUCUAGAGCUUGGCGGAGGAAGUAAACCGCGGGGCGUGGCUCGAUUUGUGAGAUCCUGAGCUGUUAUGUGUUAGUUUUUCUUCUGUUUGCAAGGGAGGCCUGCAUCUCAAAUUUGGUCCUUGUUGGUAUGUUUCUGAGUAAGAGUAAAGUGAGAUCCAAUUUCAUCUUAUUUUUAUUUUGUUUCUGGAUCAAACCAUGUUGGUUUCGAAUCCAAAUGCUUUUGCUGUGGUUUCAGAUCGUGUAUAGAUUUUAAGUUUAUGGGGUUGUAAAUAAGUCCGAAUGAUAUGAAAUUGGAUUGAGAAAAUAUGUGUUUGAGCUUGUUUAA